AUGUUUCCCACAGUGUUGGAAGCACGCUUGGAACAGGCUGCGCAGCUGAAGAAGGUCGUCGACGCGAUCAAAGAUCUUGUGCAAGACUGCAACUUUGACUGCAAUGACUCCGGCGUGGCGCUACAGGCCAUGGACAAUUCGCACGUCGCCCUUGUCUCCAUGAUGCUCAAAGCCGAGAUGUUCUCCCCCUUCCGCUGCGACCGCAACAUCGCCCUUGGGAUCAACCUCAACUCGCUGACCAAGGUCCUCCGCGCGGCGCAGAACGAAGACAUACUCACGCUCAAGGCCGAAGACGCGCCCGACGUGGUCAACCUCGUCUUCGAGAGCAGCGACGCCGACCGCAUCAGCGAGUACGACAUCAAACUAAUGGACAUUGACCAAGAGCAUCUGGGCAUUCCGGAGACAGAGUACGCGGCCACGAUCGAGAUGCCCAGCAACGAGUUCCAGCGCAUCUGCCGCGAUCUCAUCGCCAUGUCAGAGUCGGUGUCCAUCGAGGCGAGUAAGGAUGGCGUGCGGUUCUCGUGUCAAGGCGACAUUGGCAGCGGGAGCGUCACCAUCCGCCAGAGCACCAACAUGGAGAAACCGGAGCAGGAUGUCAAGAUUGCCCUCUCCGAGCCCGUAUCGCUGACCUUCUCGCUCAAAUACCUCGUCAACUUCUGCAAGGCAAGCGGGCUGUCCUCCAAGGUCAAGCUGUGCCUUUCCCAGGAAGUGCCUCUUCUGGUCGAGUACACACUGUCCGGGAGCAGCUAUUUGAGAUUCUACCUCGCACCAAAGAUUGGGGACGAUGAAUGA